UUUGCUUUGAAGACAGACACAAAAUGGUUCUUAAAAUCACUUGUUUUGCUGCCAUCGUUGCAACAGCGCAUGCCAUCGCUGUUGGGUAUCCCGCAGUGGCCAAAGUUGCAGUAGCUGAUUACGAUCCAAAUCCACAGUAUAGCUACAGCUACAGUGUUGCGGACGCAGUCACUGGCGAUAAUAAGAACCAACAAGAGUCUCGCUCCGGAGAUGUGGUAACUGGUUCUUAUUCUUUGAUCGAACCCGACGGUGUCCAGCGUGUGGUUGAAUAUACAGCUGACCCAGUGAAUGGAUUCAAUGCCGUCGUUCAUCGCGGACCGAUCGCUGCUAAGGUUGUUGCCCCAGUUGCCAAGUUCGCCGCCCCGAUUGGCUAUCCGAGACUUGGCCAUCCAUUGGCACAUCCGCUCUACGGUUAGGAAAAACCUGUUUAAACUGACGAAGACAUAUGUUCAUUUCCCAGUAAUUCUCGGACACUAUUUCAGGCAAGGCUCAACCCCUAAUUGCUUUAUGUAUGAUUUCAAUUUGAGUGUAACGUUUUCAAAUGUUACAUAAAUAAAAAAACU